UUCCAUCCAAAGCAUGUGAUGCAAUUUUGAUAGAUCACAAAUCACAAUGUGGCAACAAAUAAUAAUCCAUAGUUGGUGUGAAAAUAUCUGGAAAUGGCAUUAACGUACCACGAUGCUGCUUAAUUACUGCUAAUAAUAAUUAGUAAGGGAUAAGAAGGGAUUACUUCGGGAUUUGGGCUUAGAUACAAUACAACGCGUUCAGAAGAAAGUGUGGGAAUGGAAUUUUUUGUUUCGUUUCAGUUUUGCCCUCUGGCUGGGAAAAUCAAAUACAAAAGAUUGGAGGCCCACGUGAGUAUAGUGUAGAGACAGCUCAUUACUUGCGAGACAGCCCUUCACAUGACCAAUUUACAGAGAGAUUUAUAUUCCCCGGCUACUUCCAUUCCUGUUUUCCCAAAUAAAGCUAAAAGUAAUCCCCCACCACCGAAGCUUCUCCCCAUUUGAUAAUUUGGAUUAGUCGGAUGAUUAAGAGUGUACAAAGGUUAAUCCCAAUCAGAGAGAUCACCCAGAAAAAAUGAAAAAUAUCCCAAACGAGGCAAGAAGAGCAAUUUCCUCGAGUGCUCAUCAGUCACAUCCCAAACCAUAAAUAUACCCAAUCCUUCUGUAGUUUUAAUAGGUACUUAAACCACGUCAAGUUAAGCUGCGAACUUUUGCAAUUGUGGAUGGAGAUUUGCAAAGCAAAAGGUUUGCUAGCCACAAAAUGGGGUAUAAUUUAGAGAGGGUAAUGACUCAAGAUAUAUAGAUAUCGAUAGUAACAAUAAUCCAACUCAAUUGUUUGGACGAUGCCAAUUUUGUGGUAUUAUAAUUGUUAGAAAGUAGAUUAUCACCGACAUCAAACUUAAUGAUUGAGUAAAAAACAUUAAAAUACCUAUCCGAAUACAACAUACAAAAUCCACCAACCCUUUCUUGUAUAAUCCACCAACCCUUCAAAAUGAAAUUCAUCAUACAAAAUCCAUCUCCAAUUUUUGCUUGCUCAAAAUAGUUGAUUUUGAGUUUUUGACCAAAAGACCAUCGGGUAACAACUAAAAACCAAAAGACCAUAUGGAUUCCAUUACUAAUCAUUGUAUGCUCCUUUUCUUAAUGGCAGAGGUUAAGAGCUAAAACUAACACACACAUUCAGUAACAUGGAUCCACGUGGCGGGCCACAUGAGCGCGUGUCUCAGAACACAACGCGUAUGCGAGUGGGGAAAACCCUGCAAAUGACCACAGGCCUCAAAGGUCACAGCUCAGUCGCCUCGCCUCGCCGCCCCGCACAUAAUCCCCCAUUCCCAUCUCUUUCUUUCUCCUUUCCCAUCCUUUCUUCCUCCUCUGGAAAAUAUAUAACCAUACAAACCUCACAUUCUUCCCCAAUCUAACACCGAUUGCCUCUCUCUCUCUCUCUCUGAACUUCACCUCUCAUUUUCUGCUGCAAGGGAGAGGAGUGAGUUCUUGCAUUACCGCGUUUCUUUCUCUUCUUGCUCGCGUUUUCUUGCAACAAUGGCGGCAGCUUCGGCUAGGGUGGAUCUGGACGGGAAGCCAAUCAAGCCGAUGCAGAUAUGCAUGAUCGGCGCCGGAGGCUUCAUUGGCUCGCACCUGUGCGAGAAGGUCCUGGCGGAGACGCCGCACAAGAUCUUGGCUCUGGAUGUGUACAACGACAAGAUCAAGCACCUCCUGGAAGGAGAUAACGCGUCCUUCACUGAGCGGAUUCAGUUCCACCGCAUCAACAUCAAGCACGACUCUCGCCUUGAAGGCCUCAUCAAGAUGUCAGAUCUGGUCAUAAAUCUGGCGGCGAUCUGUACUCCGGCUGAUUACAACACUCGUCCGUUGGACACAAUCUACAGCAAUUUCAUCGAUGCGCUCCCUGUGGUGAAAUACUGCUCUGAGAACAACAAGCGUCUCAUUCACUUCUCGACUUGUGAAGUGUAUGGUAAAACCAUUGGGAGCUUUCUUCCCAAAGACAGUCCUCUUCGUGAGGAUCCUGCCUACUAUAUCCUUAAAGAAGAUGAAUCGCCUUGCAUCUUUGGCUCAAUUGAGAAGCAAAGAUGGUCUUAUGCAUGUGCCAAGCAGUUGAUUGAAAGGCUGAUAUAUGCUGAGGGUGCUGAGAAUGGCCUCGAGUUCACUAUUGUGAGGCCCUUUAACUGGAUUGGCCCCAGGAUGGAUUUCAUUCCUGGCAUCGAUGGCCCGAGUGAGGGUGUUCCCAGGGUUUUGGCAUGCUUUAGCAAUGCUCUCCUACGACGUGAACCACUCAAGCUUGUAGAUGGUGGCCAAUCUCAGAGGACAUUCAUCUACAUCAAAGAUGCCAUUGAAGCAGUUAUGCUUAUGAUUGAAAAUCCUGCCAGGGCUAAUGGCCACAUAUUCAACGUGGGCAAUCCUAACAAUGAAGUAACUGUUAGGCAGCUUGCUGAAAUGAUGUCAGAGAUCUAUGCCAAGGUUAGUGGUGAUGCUGCUUUGCAGUCACCAACAGUGGAUAUCAGCUCGAAGGAAUUCUAUGGAGAGGGAUAUGACGAUAGUGACAAGAGAAUCCCAGACAUGACCAUAAUCAAUAGGCAACUCGGUUGGAACCCAAAGACAUCACUGUGGGACUUGCUGGAGUCGACUCUCACCUAUCAGCACAGGACAUAUGCCGAAGCUAUUAAGAAGGUUAUAGCGAAACCCACAGCGAUCUGAAGAAAUAUGCAAGAGAAUGUUUGAACUAUACUCUUCUGAGAAGUGCCACAAUUCAUUGUAAUGAAAUCCUUUUGAGAAAUCCCGACUCUAUAGUUUGAUCCCUCCCUCAUAUAGGCUUAUGGUUUAAUUUUUUUGUUCUUUUGCCCCAUCCUGGGGUUUCCUUUUGGUCUUGCCUAGCAAUCAGCAAGAGUCCAGGGUAGUAAGAAACGUUUCGUUUGUAUGGGAGGGCGUUAGUUCCGGACAUAGUUAUGAAUGUGCUGCUGUUCUUUUAAUGCCAUAAACUUGUAAGUGGAGCUUUCGAGCUUUUGGGCUGUUGCUAGGUAAAAGAAGGGAGGAAAUGUACAAGUUGGUUGAGUUGUUCAGAUGGAAUGUUUGCUCUUUGCUUGCCAAUGCAAUUCCUUGUAUUCAGCUUCUUCAGGAAUGUUUUGUAUGAAGGAAUUUGUUGACUCUGUAUGAAGGUUAACUUCUUUAUAUUGUUUGCAUUAUAGUAUGAUUUCCUUGUGAUUUCUUCUUCAACUCAAAUCCCCUUGGUGCAUACUGUCCACAUUGUUGUUGCGGCCGGGCGAUUCUUGUCAAAGUCCCUUAGCUGCUCAUUGUCUGUCUUGGCUUGAGGUUGCGCAAGUGCCUUGGCUGUUGAUUCGACCCAAGAUUCUCUGAUUGUGAACUUCCUGUUUUAGCAGCUACUGUGUCGUUCGUUUUGCCGCGUUGUUGGACGUUACCUUCUCCACCCAUCUCGCCUUUCAGGUGACUGUUUCCUUUGGUGGCGAUUGUCUCUUCCUCCUCGCAUCUCUUGUUGGCGGAUCUUGUUCCACCAUUGUUCUCCCAUGGAGAAAUGCUUCUUCCAACGCGAUUGUCUUCUGGAUCUCUUGGUCUUGUUCCACAUUGGACAUUUAGACUUUCGUUUCUCCCUGCUUGCACAACUCUACACUCCUUGUCGAGUUUAGGGGGUCUACAUUUGCCCCCAUACACUUCUUUCGUAGAGAUUUACACCCUCUUCCCACUUCCCAGUGUGCACGAGGGCUGUCAGUUGUGCAAUUCAAUAUAAAUCCAUAGGAUUCUUAAAAAUUCCCCACUUUUCUGCAGUUUUUAAGUUGAGGAGUGAAGUUCAAGUAAUCUUUAACUCACAAGAAUUUCCGUGUACAUCAUCAAAAGCAACAUGCGAAGUGGUCUCCACUGUCGAGAUAUGAACACAAUCAAUUAGCAGUGUACUUCUACCUGUUGACACAGUUAUUCCAUUAGUUUAGAGUUUAGACGACCAGUACCCACGAAACAAAAUGAUUACUCUUUUCUUUGAGCACAAAUCGCAUUUGUAAUUUGUUACUCUGGUGUCAAUCUCUUCUUCUACCUUUUCUUUAGCUUUUACCAACUUAUCAUUAGUCUCGGAAACGUAAGACCCAGCAAAAGAAUAAUGCUCAAUCAUGGAUCCCCAAAAGAGUCCGACCCAUGGCCCGAGGAAUGAAAAUGAACCGCCCCAUGGAAUGGAAGCAUGAGAAUUGAGAAGUGACAGUGAGAUCUGAGAAGACAUGCUUCCUACAACCUCCAAUGUCUCGCAGGUUCUGCCAGUCUGGGUUGCCCAGCGAUAUAAUUGUUACUGUAGAUGGAGUUCAGUUCAAUCUUCAUAAGGUAAAGGGUAAAAAACUUCCCUUUCUGCAGAAUCUCCAGGCUCAAUAGUUUUAAAAAAACUUAUUUUGCCAGCUCAUUAGUGUAUAUCAGUAUAUAUUUACUAGACCCUUGUCUGAUUUUCUCUUUUGCUUUGCAUUUGUUCGUUAAAGUAUUUACCUUCCUUGUUUUUACUUUGAGAUGAACACAUUUGAGGGUUGCUAAUUGGUUUUUAAAUGGGGACUUCUUUGAGUAGGUCAGCUUGAUUUCUUAAUCUCAAUCAGUUUUCGAGCAGUAGUGAUGGAGACAAUAAUUGCCAUCCACCCUU